AUGUCGGAUUCUUUGGCUAUUUUUCGCUUUGAUCGUGGCGAUAGGAUUCUCCCUCUCUCACUUUUGCAAGACGAUAUACAGAAGCUCUUUUGCGAACGAGGACGACACGGCAUGAAGACAUCUCCCCAUGGACUCCAGAAUGUUAUCUCACAGACACGAUGCACGACGUUAUUUGGCACCUCCGACCACUCAUCCUGGUUGUGCCCUCACCCAAAAUAUGGCGGCCAAUGCAGCACGGCGGAGCAGCGGUCGGUGCACCUGGGCCUUGAUCACCACGAUGCAAGAUUCGUGGAGACCGAGUUCUUCCACAUCAGCACAUAUCCCGUGUGCCAAGUACGAUGCGGGGAGCAGGCGAAAGGUGGCAGCGUGCAGUCCGUGAAGAAGUCAAUUUCGACGUUAACGGCCGAUGACUGCCAUGCUAGAGACGGUGAUGUAGACUGUGGUCGCGUCACGAGAUACACCUUGUUCCGCUUCAUGGAUCUGCCCUCCGAGCUGCGCAGUGUCAUCUACGCCAUUGCGAUCGAAGACGCCGUCUCAGGCCAGCAAGAACUCUUCCACAAGGACCAGAAGACACGGAGACUGCGCCGAUGGCAGCCGCUGGCUCUCCUGCAGGCCAGCUCACCACUUCGCGCCGAAGCACUGCACGUUUACGCCUCCACGCAGACACUGGCUGUGCCGCUAGCCGCUCUCUCAAGGUGGCAUGCGCUCGUCGGGCCCGCCUUCCUGCGCGCGUCCAAAACGCUGCUGAUCACGCUGCCAGCCAGGCAGGCACCCUCUGCGGCACCGCGCCUGCUUGACAUUACGGCCGUGUAUCACAUCCUAUGCGUCACGAACCCAUCGCUAGACCUGCGCUGCGUCGAGGAAGGCCAGCUGUGCCGCCGCGGCGCCGGCUCCGCACCGGCGGUGCCGGCCGCACCGUUCAACGCGCUUUUCCAACUCAUUCGCCGCAACGCCGCCUGCAUCGCCGCGUGCCUGGCCUGUGGCACACUGCGCCGCAUCCUCGUCAACGAGCACGCAGUCCUGGUAAGUGCAGCUGCCACCUUCGAUCUUUGGCUGUCGUACGACGACGUCCAGCGCGUCCUGGGCGCCCGCGACGGGUUCAGACUCACCGUCGGCAAGGACAACCAGCUGUGGCAGGGGACUUUGUUGGCGCGUACUAUGGCUCCAAGAACGAACAGGAAAACGAGGAGGGUUGACACCGCCACCCGGGCAAGGGACUCGACGAAGAUGACGAAGAUGGACGGCACUGGCGCGUUUGAGAUGUCUUCGAAUGGACUUCGUAGCGUCAUCGUGGAAGGGAAGAGAGAUGGGUUGCGUAGGAACUCGAAACUGGUGGACAUGGCACUUGUUCAGGCAGAUAUCGACGCUGAGACCGAGAGCGGCAUCAGUUUCGGUACGUAG